GCGAACCAAGCUAAAGAAGUAAAGAAAAAAGGACAAAAUAAUAAUUUUGAUAACAAGAUUAUUAGGUACUAUAUUCGUAAACCGUUAUAGUGUACAUUACUGUGAAAUAGGUGAAGCGAAAGCUUUUCUUCAUCUCCGUUAAAAACGCGUUCUUCGUCCUGAGUUGUUGUCGUCGUCAUCAUAAUCAUCAUCAUCGUAUCGUCGAAGUCAGUCGGUCGAGGAAAUAUACUUUUUCGUCUUCGGAAAAUUCCUUUCCCUUUUUAUUUUUAAAAAACACAAAACAUUUUAAAAACCAUGUCUCGUAUUCGUAGCUCGUUUGUGGAAAUGAAGAAAACAUAAUCACUACUAAAUAUAUGAGUGCUGAAAUAAUUCCGCUACAUAAUUUUUUCUCACCCUUCUUCUAUUUCUUCUUCUUCUUCUACUACUGCCACUGCUGCUGUUCCUGCUCUUGCUCCUGAUCCUGAUACUAUAAACUGCUAUAUUCUAUCUUCCCUCUGAAACUCUUGGUUAUAAUUUUUUCAAACGUCCGUCGAACUUCGUCGCUGCUUAAAUUUUUCAUUUAAAGUGUUUUUCCAUAACAUCGACGAAAACAUCAAAAAAGGAUAUUUUGAAAUUUAUCAAAAAAUAGUUAUCAUCGUCGUCGUAGUCGAAGUCGAAGUCGAAGUCGUCGUCGUUGCUGUCCUCAUAAUAUAUGUACAGCAAUUUUUGUAUUAUAAGUUGAAACUUUUGAAUCAACCCCAAAUUGGACUCCUCCGGACUUGGGGUUAAAUAUUUGUCCUCUCUUCUUCUUCGGUAGUCGUCGUCGUCGUCGUAGUCGUAGUCGAAGGUAUACCUUUUGAUUUUUCGCAAACUAAGGGUGGUACAGUUUCUGUCGAUAUAAUUUAUCUUUUCACAUCGUGGAAUCUUUUUUCUUUUUUUUUCGUACUGUCGAUUCUACCUACAAUAUGUGUGGUUGGUGUUAAAGUGUAUAUCAAUAUUUAUAUAUAUAUAAAAUAUUAUAUGUUCAAAAAAAGUCCUAUUUGCUGUACCUACAUUCAUAUGUAUGUACAUAAUAAUGAUAAUUGGAAAUAUUCGAGUCGUAUAAAGGAGCGAGCGAGCGUAUAAAGGAGGUACCAAGUUUAAUAGAGUGUAAAGUCCGUUUGUAAACGUGGUCCUUUUAUUUCAUCAGCAAUCUCAAUCUCAGUCUCGUUAAAGAUCCUCGUUAAAGGACUCUUGAUUCUAUAUAUUCGUUAAAUGUUUGUGUUUUUUUAUGUGUAAAUUGCUAAAUAGUACAAAAGAUACAAAAGAUAUAUAAAAUCAAAAAGUAUCUACCAUGAGAAAAAAAGAUUAAUAUAGUUUGUCAAAAAAUAAAAGAAGAAAAAUAGAGUGUGACACCCAGAAGAUAUGUACCCCUGUUUCCUACAUAUCCCGAAAGUAUGUCACAUAAUAUAAUAAAAGUGAUGUGCAUCUAACAAAAAAAAAAUAUAUAUAUAUAUAUCUUGGAAUAUUAAAUAAAUAUCUCUAUAAAUCCCCUAACUAACUUAAAACAAAGCUAAAAAACAAAAAAUAUAUAACAAAUCCAAUUAGAGGAUUAUUCUACAAAAACUCCAGAAAAUCAAUACUUCCAAUAUCAACGAGUGCAGGAUUAAAAACGAACAAAAAUCAAAUGUUAACUACUUAGUUCUGGAGUAAUUUAAGAGCAACAAAUAGCCAAACUUUAUUCUUGUUAAUUUGUAAAGAGGAUACGUGAAAUAACGUUCCAUCAACAACGGUUUAAAUUAACCAAACCAGUUGGAAGUUAUGACGUCAUGAGACCAACAUUUGAUCGACGCCUCUGGAUAUUACUGUUCCUUAUUUCAUUGCAAUGCUUACAAACAACAAAUCAACAAAACAUCAUCAAAAUUCUGAAACAACAGUAUCUGCAACAUCAAGUAGUUCCUGCACAAUUGGCAAAUGCAAGUGCAACACGAAACGACCAAGAUCACUUUGUCGUAUCGAAUGCAUUAGGUGAUAUUAAAAAGAAAUUAAACAAACAAACGAUAACAUCAUUGUCAAAUACAAGUGUUAUUAAAUCAAACUCAUGUGCCAAUUGCUUAAGAGUAGCCAAAAUAUCCAAACAUCAACACUCGAGUCACAAGCAUUCACGACUCCUCGAUGACCAACAUCGCAAAUCAAAAAAUCCGCUACCACUGCUUCCAUUCCAUUCCCUUAGUAAUAUGACAGUUGCGUCAUCUCAUCAUAUGUCAAUGUCAAUGUCAUCAACGUCAUCGUUGUUAGCCAAUAAUCCAUCCCUUCAAAAUUAUACCAACAACAAAAUUGCAAAAAUUUCAUUUGUGGCAACUAGCGGAUUGCAAAAUGAAUUCCUGCAAUCUUAUGCAUCUCGAAAAGGGCCAACAACUGCCACCAUCACCGCAAGCACCAUGAACACCACCGAGGAAGCAGCUCAAGCUGGAUUUAUGCUUGAGACACAAAAUCAACUAAGAAAAAUACAAAAUCAAAAACAAAAUAAAAAACAAAAACAACGCCUAGCACAUCGAAGAGCCAAGCGUGAAGCGGAUAAUUCGCUUGAUCUGCUGCUCUCGAAUUCCAGAGGUUCAGAGUUGAGCAGUGACAGCGAGGAAUUCCCAAUAGAUGGCAUUAAUAACAUAAACAAGUUACUCAGCUCAAGUAAUAUUAGAAAAAGUGAUAUUAGUAUAAACAAAACAAAAAUAGAUUUAUCAACUUCGUCUUCUCUAUCUUCAUCAUCUAAAUCUAAAUCUAAAUCUAAAUCUGCAUCUGAAUCCGCAUCUGAAUCGGAAUCGGAAUCUUCGUUUUUAGCUGCCGAUGCCGUUCCAACCCUACUCUACUCCCCAAUUUAUCUUCCGCAUGAAUCUUUAUCUUUAUCAUCGGCGUCAUUUGAAGACGUCCGAACUCCUAGUAGUAGCAAAAGGAAUAGUAGAAGUAAGAUAAGUAAAAUUAAUAAUAAUAAUAUCCUGCCAAUGGCAUCUCCAUUGCAAAUGGAAACCGCCAACAACAAUUACAGUGAUAGUAGAUCGAAUAAACUGAAAGGAUUUCAGUCUUUUAAAAAGAACGAGCCUAUAAUUAUAAUAGACGAUGUCGAAGAAUUCGACAGCGGGAGAGGUUAUAGCAGCAGCGGUGCUGAUGGUGAUCGAGACGAUGUUUCACUUAGCAAUCCGACGGGAAGCGAUGAGAAAGGUGAAUACUAUUCGAAUGGAAAACCAAUUGCAAUGCCAUUGCGUCCGGUUAUUCAUCCAUUCGACGAAGAUCACGAUGAGGAAAUGUCGGUGGUUUAUGCCGAACAGCAUACCGAGGUGCGCUUGGUUUGUGAAGUCGAUCUCGAUAUAGUCAGCAGUUCGUGGUAUAAAAAUGGAUUGAGUGUCCAUGCCAUAGAAAGAUCUUCCAGAAUAACUGAUUACCGAUUUAUAAAAGAAGUCAAUGGAGCCCUCACUAUUACAAAUGCUAUGUUAGAAGAUGAUGGCAAAUGGCAGUGUGAGGCCGAAAAUGUGAAUGCGUAUAUAGAAAAUGCGCGCCCUGUUAAACUAAUAAUUUUAGACCGUCCAAAGGCACCUUAUUUACUAAUAGAUUCAAGACGCUUAGAUGCGGGAAAUAUUUUUGUACCUGUAAAGGAGAAUUCUGAACUUAACCUAGCAUGCAUAAGUGAGGGUGGUAAUCCAAAACCAACUCUUACAUGGGAAGUUCUUUUGAGUCCUGGUGUAGACCGACAUGCACAAAAAGUUGCCGCUGAAGUUCUUGAAUUGGAAGAAGUUAAAAAGGAUAAAACCAAACAACCAUAUAAAAUAAAUGCAGGUGCCAAAAGUGAAGCACGUUUACCAGCUGUUUAUAGAGCACAUCAUAAUGCAAAGAUACUUUGUGUUAUGGAACAUCCAACUCUUAAAAUGAGGCAAAAUGCUUCUCUUCUAUUAGAUGUACAAUACACACCCUCAUUUGCUAUAUCAAGAACUCCUGGAUUUGGAUAUCCACUUCGGGAGGGUAUUGAAGUAUCCUUAAAGUGUGAUGUUGACUCAAAUCCAGCAAGUGUCCCAAGAUGGCAAAAAGACGACGGGGAUACACCGGUGCCACAAACUGGAGAUGGUUUUCUUAAUUUUACAUCAAUCCGGAGGGAACAUUCUGGCUGGUAUAAAUGUACAUCGCGCCAUUUAAACUAUCAAUACUCAAGCAUCGGUUACUAUUUGAGUGUUAGAUACGAUUCGGUUGAUGUUACAUCGGAGCCAGAUGAUCAGGAUGUGUCUGUUGCAGCAUCACAUAAUCCAAAUAAAGGACAGAUGGAAGUCCAAUUGGGAGGAGCUGUAACACUACAAUGUCCUCCAGGAUCACUUGGUUGUUGGUCACAUCUAGAUCCUGUUACUGCUCGAUUAAGAGGUCUAGGUCAUGGGCUAACAACAGCAACAGGUCAAUUUUCCAUUAAGGAUGUUAUUUAUCAGGAUGCAGGCACAUAUAAAUGUAUUGGUCAUUCGACAAAAAAUAAUAAGAAAAGACUCGAAGUGCUUCAAACAAUUGGGUUACUUGUAAAAGGUGUUCCAACAGUUGUUGCUCGUAAUGCAACACCAGUAGCAUAUCCCGGGUCACCUCUUCAUCUUUCUGUCGAAUUCUGUGCCAAUCCACCGGCACAUGCCGCACGUUGGUUGCAUGGUGAUAGAGUUUUUACUCCUGGAAAUCAAUAUGGAAGCACUGUUCUCGCUUAUGGAGUAACGGACCUUCCUACACCGUUUUGCAAGGAAGCCCGUCUGACUUAUGUAAGCAUGCACGAGAGGGUUCCUAGAACAUUUUACUUUAUUGUCUCAUCACCAAGUGGUGUUGCAGAAGCCGUAUUCAAAGUUAACUUCACUAUAAGAUAUCGAUCAAUGACCAAUAAAAUGGACAACGAUGACGAAGAAUUGAGUGAACCCGAAGAAAUUCAAUUCCCAGUUUUUGGAACUCCUGAUGGUGGAGCUAUAUCAAACCACCACAUCGCCCAGUCACUAAUGAUCAAAAUAAUUAUUUUAUGUUUCCUAAGCCGAAUAUUCAUAUAAUAGUAAAAAUUUAUUUAACAAAACAAAAACAAAAAACAAAUAAGAGAGCAAUUAAGGUGACAUAUAUAGAUAUUCAUUAUAUACCAAACAUUAAAAAUAUAAGUUUUUUGGUUGUUUAAUUUUACAAAACAAAAACAAACAAAUAUAUAAUUAUAUUAUGUAUUAUUAUUAUUAAUUAAAUAAUUAACGUAAAUAAGUGAUAAGUUAAAAUUGUUCUAUUUUCUGUAUAAAAACAUAAAAUGGUGUUAUUUCCAUUAAGUAUAAAAGAGAGUACUGUCCCUAUAUGAACAUCUCCUUUGUAAAAACAAAACAAAAACAUUAUAAGUAAGAGGAAAGUGCAUUUGAUAUUUUAAUUAAACAAAUUUAUAA